AUGUCAGCCAAUAAAGUUAAAAAAUUACUUGUUAUUGGAGGAAGACCAACUAUUAAUUGGUAUAACUUAUUUAAGAAUACGUCUAUUGGGAGUUAUACUAUUGAAGUUGAAUUUACUAUGUGGGACGAAAUGGUAUUAACAAGUUAUAGUGAUUCUGGUUGUAUUAUCUCUAUUAUGCCAAGUAAGUAUGCUAUUCCAGAUACUCCAAUGAAUACUAGAAGAACAUUUCAACCAGAUUUCUUAUUAAUAAGGGGUGCUUGUCAAGGAGUUUAUGGACAAGAUUGGAGAAAUGAGUUGUUGGGAUUAAUGUAUUGUGGAAUUCCUUCAAUUAACUCAUUAGAGUCUUUAUAUAUGUGUUUAGAAAAACCAGUAAUUUACUCUAAAUUACUUCAAAUACAUAAACAGUAUAAAGAAAAAUUUCCUUUAAUCCCCCAAACAUAUUACCCUUCAUGGAGUUCAAUGAGUUUUAAUACUGGAUUUCCAUUGGUUGCUAAAGUUGGAACAGUACAUGCUGGAUUUGGUAAAAUGAAACUUGAAAAUCAAGAAGAUUUUGAUGAUUUGGUUUCACUUAUUGCAUUACAAAAUAAGUACGUCACUACUGAACCAUAUAUUAAAUGGGAUUAUGACUUUAGAAUUCAGAAAAUUGGAGAUCACUAUAGAGCAUUUCAAAGAGUUUCUUCUUGUUGGAAAGGAAAAGGAAUGAACCAAACUGAUAAUGAUGUUCCAGUAACUGAUGAAUAUAAAAGAUAUAUUGAUUUAGCUUCAAAAGCUCUUGGAAUGGAUAUAUGUGCUUUAGAUGGAAUUCAUGACCCAAUAACAAAUAAAAAUUAUAUUAUUGAAUUAAAUGAUUCUGCAAUUGGUUUAGUUCAAAGACAUGUUGAAGAGGACCUUAACUAUAUUAAAGAACUUGUUUUAUCCCGCAUGAAACAAGUAUAUAAACUUUAA